AUGGCUAAUGAUGAUCAGAAAACCAUCCUCUCCCAAAUCUCUCAUGCUUCUGAAUCCGAAUCCUCAGAGCACCAUAGCCCCGGAAGCUUCGCUACGCCACCUGGUAGUGAUUCAGCAAACUCAGCCACUAAAAGUGAUGCAAACCAAAAAGAAAACAAAAUAUCUACCUCUGAGGUUGAGAGAUACAUUCUCGCACCCCGUGCCAUCAUUGCUAGUGAUGGCAAUACCCUAUCAGGAUCAAAAAGGCCACGUGGCAGGCCACGUGGCUCCAAGAACAAGCCAAAGCCACCGAUCAUCAUAAGGCAAGUAAAUGACCAUGGCAUGCGGCCAAUCUUCAUCGAGAUUGCCGAAGGAGUCGAUAUUGUGGAGGGUUUAAUCGACUUUGCCGUGCACCGUCGUAUCGGAAUCUCAAUCCUAAGCGGUUGUGGGUCCAUCUCUGAGGCCGUAAUUCACAACGUGCUAUCCAGUUCUCUUGACAUACCUAUUCACGGGCCAUUUAAUUUGAUGUCCCUUUCUGGAACAUAUUUUGAUGGCCAUGUCGCACAUCCUCCAUGCUCUGCUUUCUCGAUUCUUCUUGCAGGAUCACAUGGCCAAGUUUUUGGCGGGUUAGUUGGAGGAAAGGUUUUGUCAGGUGGAACUGUGAAAAUCAUGGCUAUCUCAUUCGAGAGGCCAGAGAUUCACGAAUUGAACCUCAAUGCAAAAAGAGAGGAUCCUAAUAUGGUUACUCGAUGUAGUGUGGCUAAUCCAAUUCUUCCUCUUAAAGUUGCCAACCAUUGUGGUCGCGCUGGUGUUGGUGUUGGUGUUGGUAGUGCUGGUGUGAAGAAUGAAAAUAUGGUGAUAGAAGAUAACCAUCAGGCAUAA